AUGAAAAUCAUUGAUUUUAAUUCAUUCAUGAAUACAUAUAAUUCAUUCAUUAAUGUUUCAUAUGCUUCUAAAGAAGGUGAGCCAAAAACUAUCGAUAAAGCGGUGUAUGAAAUAAAAGCAUCAACGACGAAAUUGAAUUCGUUAACUUUUGACGGUGAUAGUUUCGUUAAUGACAUAACAUCGGGGAAAACAAUUUUAACGAAAGAAUAUUUAAAAUCUCAUGUUAGUGAGUUCGUUGAAAUUGAAAAAGAAGGUGGAAUUAAGUUCGAUCCACUGAAUUUCAUUUUCAGCUUAGCGAAUGCGGGUGUUAGUUUCGCUGAAUGGACAACUAUACAGAGUGAAAUAAAUGCAAUAUGGACGUUUUUGGGGUCAAAAGCGGGAAUGGGUGAGCUUGUAAAUGCUGCAAGAACAUUAGGUGAAACAGGAAAUUUUGUAGAUGGUUUUAAAAGACUUGUUUCAAAUGUUUUAACAAACACAAAGAAAUUAUUUAGAUAUACCGUACAUAACGGACGGAUUUUCGAACAGAUAGCAACAAACCCUCCGGUUAUGGCUGCGUUGAUGAUGGUUAGAGAUAUAAAACCACGUAACGACGGGAACGAAGAACAUGAACAACAGGAUACUGGUCGGGUUAUUCGAGACAUUAAAAACGUGUAUCCUGAAGUUAUUGAUUUAUUUAGAGGAGUUAAUGAUUCAAUUUCAAAACAUUCUAUAACCCUCGAUGAAGAGAAUAAAUUAACAGAUUAUAUAUUCGUCAUUAUUGCAGAAUUAAUGAAGAGAAUAAAUGAAAAAGGAAUUGGUGAUAUCAUUAAUGUCAGCGAUGUAAUGAUGAAAAGAAAUUUUGACUCAUUAUUUACAAAACCGAAAACAGAAUAUAGUCUUUAUGACGUAAUUACCGAAUUAAUGAAAAAGAUUAAUGAUAAUAAGAGUUCUGGCGGAAGAGUUGAAUUAGAAGUGAAUGAUGUUAAUGAGAAAUUAGCCGAAAAAGCAAACAAAAAUGAGCUUUUAGCUCUGAGUGAUAAAGUCAAGAACCACGUUCAUUAUAUAACUUCAGACGAACAGAUUAUAACGAACUACCAUGGAUAUUUAACACGAAGUGAUGAAGCGAAGACAAAAAAUGUUAAUGAAAGAAGAUAUAAAUACAUUCGUGCUAAAGGUUAUGACAUAAGCUGUACUGUACAGUAUGAUGUAGCUAAAGCACCAGAAGCAUUUGGUUAUACCGGUGAAAUUUAUGCCUCUACUUUCAAUGUUAACGGUGUAUUAGUUGAACCAAGAUUUACUUUGAGAGUUAAGUCAAAAAUAACGUUUGAAGAUGCUAUUAAAAGUAAAGCUGACAAAGUUGAACUUGAAGCAACGAACAAAGUUUUGAAAUCUCAUAAACACAACAUCUCCGAUAUAAAUGAACUUCAAGCUACAUUAGACAGUAAAGCCGACAAGAACCAUACACAUAAAUCCUUCACUACUGUUAGAGCAGACGACAUAAUAUUGAACUAUACCCUUGGUUCAAGUGCACCUUUAGAGAAUCCAAGUACAAGCGUAAAAGAUACACUAAACAAUUUAGAUAACAGUUGCAGGAAUAUUGAAGGUCAUGCCAGAAACUUUGAAGCACAUGAACUACCAGCAAUGUUAGAUAAGAAAGCCGACAAAACUUAUGUAGAUGAAAAUUAUGCAAAGAAGUCGGAAGUAAAUGCUGCGCUUAAUGGAAAAGCCGAUAAAGAGCACGUGCAUGAAGAAUUUCAAACAAUCAAGAUUAAAGAAAUUAAGGCAUGCAUCGAAAUAGUAACAAAAACAGGAAGAGACGGUGCAACUGUACAAGAACAAAGAAUUUAUCCUCCUACUUUUCCUAAUGGUUUAAUAACAAACAAUAUAAAUAUUGUAGAAGGCAAUAAAACUAUAAACGUUAAACAUGAACUUCUAACAAUGAAGGCCCAGAUUCUUGAAACCAUAUAUCCUAUAGGCUCUAUUUAUACGUCAAUGAACUCAACAAAUCCGGCAAGUGUUUUAGGUUUUGGUACGUGGGAACAGAUUGUAGAUAAAUUCCUCUAUUGUGCGAACUCUUCAAAGCAAACAGGUGGUUCGAAGAAAAUUAAAGAAGCAAACCUUCCACCGCACACUCAUACAGGAACUACAAACACAACAGGUAGUCAUUCACAUUCAAUAACAAAAAGAGGUUAUACAAAUCUUGCAGCAGGUUCGGAUAGACAGGGAAUGCAUAGAUAUGAUAUUUCAAGUGACCCAGUAGAUUCAAGCGCAGGUAUUUUCUGUGGAACCGCAGGAAAUCAUUCACACACUUUCACAACAAAUCCAACAGGCUCGGGUAGAUUAUAUGCCACCAUUUGUGACUAUAUUCGCAUGGUACCGCGUUCAAUGA